CAUCGUUAUGGCUUGUUAUUCUUAACUUCGUAUUUAUUUUCAUACAAUAUUGUAAGAAAUGGGUCUGUUGACGUGCUUUCUGAGGCGCAGCUAUGCUACCAAAGUGACAAGCCAUCAAGCAGCUUUAAUGGCGCGUAGCUUACCUAAGCGGGAAUCGCUUCCCGGCGUCCAAGACAUAAUUGUAAUAGCCUCUGGCAAAGGUGGAGUAGGCAAGAGCACUGUUGCAGCCAAUUUUGCUUGCAGCUUAGCCAAACUGGGUGCGCGUGUUGGAUUGCUGGAUGGCGAUAUAUUUGGUCCCAACAUACCCAUGCUGAUGAACGUGCACAGCGAGCCACUAGUGAAUGAAAAGAAUCUUAUGUUGCCACCACAGAACUACAAUGUAAAAUGCUUGUCCAUGGGCAUGCUAACGCCCCCGGAUGGUGCAAUUAUAUGGCGUGGUCCGCUGGUAAUGUCUGCCAUUCAACGUUUACUCAAAGGCGCUCAGUGGAGUCCAUUGGAUGUGCUGGUUAUUGACACGCCUCCAGGCACUGGAGAUGUCCAUUUGUCUCUAACACAACAUGUACCAAUUACAGGUGUCAUAUUGGUUAGCACGCCACAUGCAGCAGCCUUAGAGGUGACAUUGCGUGGCGCUAAGAUGUAUGAGAAGCUACAGGUGCCAAUCUAUGGGCUGGUGGAAAAUAUGCGAUAUACCAUUUGUGAGCAUUGCAAAGAGCGCAGUGAUCUUUAUAAGAGCCAAAAGGAGACAUUGCACAUUGGCUUGCCCGAAACGCUCAUAUCUUUGCCUUUGGACGCGCAGAUAGCAGAGUGCGGAGAAAGUGGUGUGCCUGUUGUUAUUAAACAUCCUGAAUCGGAAUAUGCUAAGCUUUUUAAUCAGUUGGCUUUUCAUAUAUGGAGCAAGUUGGAAGCACAAAGACAGAGUAAAGAGACCAAAUAGUACUGACAUAUGUUGAAAUAGUUCAUAGUUGGAUUGUUAAUAAUAUUUAAUUCAAACAAA